ACACACACACACACACACACAGAGAGAGAGGGAGAGGGAGAGACCACCAACAUCUACGCCACCAUCGUGCAGGGAAAGCGGCUGUCCCCCUUUAGACACCAUCCAUCCCCGACACCCACACUUCCGGGAGCCUCUUGAGGCAGCUGGGUCAGGAUGCAUCCGUCCUCUCGGUGCUGCUGCUUGAGAUGAGGACAAGACGAAGACGUGUUCCCCGGUGAAACGGCGUUACAUCACGUUACAUUAGCUACACGUUACAAUCCGAGCACAAAGUGAUCACACCGCGGCCGGUGUUCGGGGUCCAGGCUUUAGCCAUAUACUGUCUGUCUGCUGUCAACUGUUGCUGAUUUCCACUGUAAAUGAAUCUUAUCAGGUUUAUGAACAACCGUGUUCCUCCCAACAAGAGAUAUCAGCCCACAGAUUAUGAGCAUGCUGCCAACUGUGCCACGCAUGCGUUAUGGAUAAUCCCCAGCCUGCUGGGCAGCUCACUGUUGCACUUCCAGUCGGAGGACCAAUGGGAGCGGCUGUCGGCCUGGGUCUAUGGGGCGGGGCUCAGCUCCCUCUUCAUCAUCUCCACCCUGUUCCACACUGUGGCCUGGAAGAAGAGCCAUCUACGGUCUGUGGAGCACUGUUUCCACAUGUGUGACAGGAUGGUGAUCUAUUUCUUCAUUGCUGCCUCCUACGCCCCUUGGUUGAACCUGCGGGAGCUGGGUCCCUGGGGGUGUCACAUGCGCUGGCUGGUGUGGGUCAUGGCCUCUUUUGGAACCACCUAUGUCUUCUUCUUUCAUGAGAGGUAUAAGAUCACAGAGCUUAUCUGCUAUAUGGUGAUGGGAGUUUUUCCGGCCCUGGUCAUCCUCUCAAUGACGGAGCAGUCUGGUCUGUACGAGCUGCUGGCGGGCGGAGCCUGCUACUGUCUGGGGAUGAUCUUUUUUAAAAGUGAUGGCAUCGUCCCAUUUGCUCAUGCCAUUUGGCACCUGUUCGUAGCUAUGGGAGCUUCCAUACACUACUACGCCAUCUGGAAGUACCUCUACGCCCAGCCGCCAAAUCAGGUCCAGACCUCCAGAUGACAUCAGCGCUGACCUCACAGGAAGUAGCUCCUGUAUUGGAGCAACUUUAAGAGGGUGAUACAUGCAGUGAACCAAUUCAGUGGCUACCUCCUUUGAAAAACAAGUGGGCAAAACAUUCUCACCAAAAAGACAGUCAAGCAUCACAGGUUUGAAAAUGAAAGGUGCAUUUAGGUUAUCCUCAUCAACUUGUAAAGUAAAGAAACAUGUUUAACACCAUGAAGUUGCACUCAGAAAUGGCCAGAAAUGUUAUGUAAUUGACAUAAUAAUUAUUAGGUAAAAUUGAGUGUGUGGCAGUAUACUAGUGUAAUGUUAAAUGUAACCACAUUACUUUAAUUAAUCUAGUUGUUAACUGCCUGCAAUUAUUAACAUCACUGAUGAGUUGAUGAAGACAUCUGAACGCAUCACAAAGCAAUUACCCAGCAUACUGUAAUUGAUAAUGGGAGUUGUUCAUCAGGUUUUUUUGCCAAAUGAAGGGUGCAUUCUGAGGAGUCUUUGUAUUGAGGCAGCCUUUCUCUCUUUUGAGAACUCUGCAGUUCAAAGGAGGCAGCCCGUGAACUGGGACAAAGCUUUUGUUUUUUUUCAAACCAGUGUACUUUAGUUAAAUAUUAAGUUAUUUUUGCAGCAACUUUGGUUUCAUUCCAAUGAUCAGGGGUUACAUUACUAUUCUAUGUGGUGCAUAUUCAGAUACAGAUGCUGAAUUGAGGACAUUGUCUUAUUUUCAAGAGGAGGACAAUGUUUACAAUGAGCUGACUCGACUAUCAUAAUUAGUUUCUGGACAUUAUUUCAAGUGUCAUUAACAGGUUCUGGUUAAAUUCACUUUAGGAGGUUGCAACAUCAGUCAUUUACUAUUCCAAUUCAGAACCCUAGAUAGUAGUGUUACUGUUAUAUAGUUACUAGUUGUGCUAUACACUGCAGUACAUUUACUACAUGGGUUAACAGCAGUUGCUUCAGUCAGUGAUUUACUGUGAUUUCUAAAUCAAGCAUGACUGUGGAAUUAUCUUUUUUUAUGUUGAACAUGCAUUUAUGGUUUUAGUCUUGGUGACUUAAAUUGUGUUCUUCUACCUAAACUAAACUCAUUAGAUUUUCAACCAUAAUAACUGAAUUAUAAUAAUUUACUGUUGUUCAUUAGGGUCAGUGAGUGAAGAUAUCAUCAGUACAGUAUAUAUGUAUUAAUGACGUACAGUGUAUGUUGACUUCAUUUAUAUUUUCUUCUUAUGUACUAAAAAGUAUCAGUUGAUUAUAUCCAUCAUAUUGAACUUAAUGAAUGGGAAUGGGACCAAUUGAUAGAGUUUGUCAAAGCUACAUGGUUGAACCUCAGAAAGGAAAACCACUGUCUGAUCACACUGCCAAAAGACUUACUGCCGUACCUGAUAGCACACUACUACCAUAAACGUCUCACACUUGAAAGGAAACUGAAGCUAUAGUAUUGUUGAACAAUCUGGCCCAAUAUUAAGGCAUCUCAGGUGUGUGUCUGUGUGUGCUUGUGUGUGUAUGAGAGUAUGAGUGUGUCUUUGUAUGUAUCCUAUAAUAUCUGACUCCCACGAAUCCAACGCCUGUAAUCGGCUGAGUCUAUGUUUACACGUGAACGCAUGUACCUUGAACACAUAAAAAGUAUAUUUGACAUAUAUAUGUACUCUUAGUGUUAAGCUGUAUGUGGUGGCACAACGUAUAUUAGGCGAGCUUGUAUAGUGUGAUAAAUGUGGCUAGAGGACCAAAAGGUCACAUCGUCUAGUAUUCAUAGGUGUAAGAGAUUUCUUUUUAACUUCUGCUCUUGUUCAACAUAUUUCUGCUGCUGUCCGUCUCUCAGGAUUUGGAUCAUUUGGGCUUUAAAGCCUGUGAAGCCACAUUCAAGGACCACUAAAGCUGCUCCGGUUGUUUGAGCGCUGUCUGCAGAAACAAAAAUGAUCAAAUAGCUUUGAAGCUGCUUUCUUAAGUAAUGGCAACACACCAUACAGCUUUCUACAUCCCUAAGUAGGGCAGAAGUCACAAAAGUUUUCUUGAAGCUUUACAUAAUAUUUAUAAAUAACCAAACAGGAGAAAAGCUCUAGCCAGAUAGACUUUGACAUACAACCACUACAUAAAUGUGUCUUUUAAGAUUAUAAUAUAAAACUAAAAUAGAACAUACAUACACUCAAGCUGCACAACCGCUCUAGAUUUGCUGUCAAAUCUGCAACAUCUGCAUUUGAUUUGCUACAAAAUACACUGUGACAAACAAUAAUGUGUGCAGUAGAUAUAGAGGGAAAAAACUUUGCAAUGUUCUUUCAUCAAUAUAACCAUAACAUUUUACCGUUACAACUUACCAAACAGCAUAUACAUGCAUUAUUAUACUUUAUGGUCUAAAAGGAGAAUCAUCUGACAAAAACACUAAUAGUUCUGCAACACCUUUCCAACAAACACCUGAAAAAACCCACCUUGUUAUUAUCGUUGGUUACUUUAUCGUUUUUUUUAAUCAUUAGGGUAAUUUAAUGUCUGAACAAAUGUAUCAUCACUGGGAAUCUACGUUCUUCACACUGUGGAUAUCUCAGUUUGGAAUGACACUCUUCAGAUAAUAUUCUCACAUUUAAAGUACUUUAAGUAUUUGAACUAUGUGUUUACGUUAGCCUAUGAACAAACACCAAAUGAUUGAGUGUUUACAGUUUUGGAGUAAUCGGGGGUAAUGGAGCCUAACACAGCCAGUGUUUUGUGACGGUAAAAUUAAGUAUUUAAGGAUUUUACGUGUGUCUGUCUUGUCUUGGUUAUGAUAUCUGUCUCAUUCAGACAUACAGUGCCCACCUAACUUUGUAUAGAGUUUUCUAAACUCUCCAUGAAGCCUUCAUGGACCCUCUGUACAUUGUUUAUAGACGCUCUGUGAUUGUGGAGCUGCUGACUCUGUUCUCAGUGCUACUGGUCUUUUCUUUCUGGUCGUACAAGACUAUACUAGCUCAUAUUCUUUCUCUUUAGAUAUCAUAUUGGUUUUUCUUCGUGUCUGUGGUGCUUUGUGAAGUGAUACGCCUUUAUGACGCCAACAAUGCUUUUAUCUUUUCUAUUUCUCUUGUAAUAAAAAAGCUUUUUCAUGCAGUAUA